AACUGGACAAAGGGCAAGAGGAACACUUGAUGUCCCUGAAGAAAAGACUCGAAGAAAUCCACACGGAGAACCGCAUGCUCAAGUCGGAGCUGACAGACGCACAGACCAGCCUGGCGCUGGUCAAAAGUCAGAUGACCUCUGUGAAACAACAGCUGGACGAGAAGACGUACGAGCGAAGCCAACAAAAACCUGCUGGACACCAACGACAACCUGCGAGAGAUGAUCGACACCACAGCCACCGUGCCGCCAGGCUUCAAGAGGACGGCCUCCACUGAUUCUGGAGCCAGCGGGAGAAGUAACAGAAGCGCCUCCCCAAAUUUCCCGCGUAAAGGUUCAGUGAUGAGCGACUACAUAGACACGUCACCUGGGAACCGACCGCUGUUGCACGCCACCCUGCACGAGGAGACAGGGAUGAUGCCCAGAUUUCUGGCUCUGAACCACAUCGAGAGCUGUGAUGACGACAACAUCGCAGAGGAUCUAGGUGACCAACACGUUUUUCUCUCUCCGGCUGGACUCCCACGACGAGAUGGACACCGACUCCGAACACCCGAAGUCUCCGAGCACCGAGGCUUAUCGCCUUCAGAAUGACCACCACAAGCGCUCUGGCUCUGUGGGCAGCCACGGAUCCACCAAGAGCAACCGGUCCAACCGGUCCCUGGCCAGAGAGGAGUCGGUUUUCAGUCAGUCGUCCCGAUCCAGCCGCGGAUCUUCCAUGAGGAGACAGUUGCCGGCUCUGCCCACGAAAGAGACUGCUGUAGCUCCCAAAGUGGUCAAGGAUCCUGAGAGAAUGUACAAAAUUGUCCUGGCAGGGGACGCUGCUGUUGGCAAAUCCAGUUUCAUCGUCCGUCUGUGCAAAGGGAAAUUUGUGCCCAACCUCAGCUCCACUUUAGGCGUGGAUUUUCAGACUAAGAUGUUGGACGUAGAUGCUCAGCCUACAGCUUUACAGCUUUGGGACACUGCUGGCCAGGAGAGGAGGGUGCCCAGAAGAAAAUCCCUUUCAUGUUGGUGGGGAACAAGACAGACGCUAGAGAGGAGUUGGAGAGUCAGGGCAGGAGAGUUGUCAAGUAUGAGGACGGUGUUCGACUCAGUCGGGAGUUGGAUGCGUUGUUCAUUGAGACAAGUGCGAAGGACGGCUCCAACAUUACAGAAGCAGUCAUAGAACUCACCAGACUACUCCGCACCAAUGAAGACAUGGAGGUGAAGACGGUUGGCAUGCAACUCCAUGACAUGAACGAGAAAAAGAGCGGCUCUUGUUGUAAACGAUAAAGAUUUUUGUAUUGUUAGCUUAGUAGUUUUGUUGUCUGAGGUCUUAAUUUCUGUACAAAGGCACUUUCCUCUCAUUUCUCAACAUGAUACGUACUGUAUGACUCAGCAUUAUGCGUUCUGCAUGAUGUAUUUUAAUUUAUUGAUGGCUGUAUAUACUGUCAUAAUAUUGUUUAAUGCUCAUUGUCAAUGAAGAAGUAAAUUCUGUCCUUUUCAGGAUACGAAUCUUUCUACUCGACGUUGUAAAACAUAUUGUAAAUGUUGUUGAUAAAUUAUUGGUAUCCCUUCCAGAAGCUGACGGAGAGAAGCCAUAUUUAUUAUUAAGGAUAAACUAUAAGUUUUUUUGGCCACAAAACAAAACUGUCAGGCUGGUUUAUGUUUUGUUUGUGUCAGUGAAAUAAAGUAGCAAGUCCAGUAGAACUCUGCUACAAAGGACGAUAUUUAACCCUGUGUAGAGCGUAAAUUUGACUGGUAUUUAUUCCUUUUUGCUUGAAUUAAGUAGAAAAUAUUCUUUUAUUGGACUUUAUUUUGUGUUCAGGGAUUUUUGUUCCAGUAGCCAAAGUUAUUAUCUUGGAAGUGUAAUUGUGUCAUGACGCGGCGGAAUCAGGCACUCGUCAUGAAAGGUUGUCCAUUUGCCUUGCAUUUGAUGAAA